AUGGCUGGCAAAGAAGCGACGGUGUAUAUUGUCGACUUGGGCGCGUCGAUGGGCAGGAAACGGCAUGGAAGAGAAGUGUCGGAUCUUGAUUGGGCGAUGGAGUAUGUAUGGGACAAGAUUACCACGACCGUCGCUACAGGAAGGAAAACUGCUUUGAUGAGCGUGAUUGGAGUUCGAACAGAUGACAGCGAUCUUGCGGGCGUCAUGCCUGUAGAAGAUGGCUACGAGAACAUCACGGUCUUCUCACCACUGAAACAAUGGCUUCUGCCGGACAUCCGAGGUCUGCAAGGGAAGGUGAAGCCUAGCUCAACUGAUAACGGAGAUGUAAUGUCUGCUGUCGCGGUUGCAGUACAGCAGAUCGAUGCCGCAACAACCGGUACAACAGGGAAGCCUCUCAAGUUUGAUCGCCGAAUAAUCAUUGUUACGGAUGGUACGGGGUCACUAGACACUAGUGAUCUCGGGCAGAUUACAAGCAAGCUCAAAGACUAUGAUCCACCGGUUGAGGUAGUGUUACUCGGCGUCGACUUUGACGACCCAGAUAGCGGCUAUAAAGAAGAAGAUAAGGACGCUCAUAAGGAGGACAACGAGACGACCCUCAAAGAAUUCGUAGACCAAUGCGACGGCAACUUCGGCACUCUUGCAGAAGCCAUCGAACAGCUAGCAAUUCCACGCAUCAAGGAUACUCGGCCUACUCCCAGCUAUAGAGGCACGCUUACACUUGGAGACAGCCAGACUUACGACACAACAAUCACCAUCGAUGUUGAACGGUAUCCUUGCAUCAUGCCCGCGAAGCCGCCAACCGCAAGUUCAUUUGUUGUACGAACAGACUUGGGAGGCGUUGGAGCUAGCGCUCAAUCUUCCAAUACUGUAGUCGGAGACGACGACCACCCGAUGGACGGCCAGCUCUCCGCGGUACGCAAUCAGCGCGUAUAUCAAGUCGACAAUCCCGACGAGCCCGGCGAGAAGAUGAACGUUGAACCGGACGAUCUGGAACGAGGCUUCGAGUAUGGCCGCACAGCAGUCCAUAUCAGUGAAUCAGACGCGAAUGUGGUGAAGCUCGAGAACGAUUCAUCAUUGCAACUCCUUGGCUUCAUUAGGGCAGAAGAGUUCGAACGGUUCCUUCCCAUGUCGCGAACCAACUUCAUCGUUCCACAAAAGACGAACACGCAGGCGCAGCUUGCACUAUCUUCCUUUAUCCACGCAUUAUACGAAGCGGAGUGCUACGCCGUUGCGCGUCUGGUCGCUAAGCAGGAUAAGGCACCUCUGCUGAUUGUUAUGGUUCCCCACAUUACGCCUGCCUAUGAAGCUCUAGUGGAAGCCGAACUGCCCUUCGAGGAAGACAUGCGCCGCUACAAGUUUCCCCCGCUAGACAAGAAGCUUACAAUUUCCGGCAAGACCAUCACAGAGCACAAGGACCUGCCUAACGCGGAACUCACGCAAGCAAUGAGCGACUACGUAGACGCGCUGGACCUCUCUGAGUACGACAAAGAUGAUGAGGGUGAACCAACAGAGUAUGCGAAGAUCGAAGACUCAUACUCUCCCCUGCUUCACCGCGUAAAUCAGAUCAUCCGCUGGCGAGCAACCCACUCAGAUCCCACACUACCUCUACCGGAUCCUCCGCAGAUCCUCACUCGAUUCUCAGAACCGCCUUCAGAUCUGCUGCAGCAAACAGAAGCGCAGCUCAAGACACUCAAGCAAGCUGCGGACGUCAAGAAAGUCCCACCCAAGUCCAAAGGGCGGGGCAAACGCUCCCGCGCCGACCGCGACAAACCCCUCUCCGGUCUCGACAUCGAUGCCCUCCUCGGCAACCCUAAGCGCGUUAAGAUCGAUUCUAAUAAUCUUAUUCCCUCCUUCAAGCAAGCUCUUGCUGUUACCGAUGACCUCGAUGCCAUUCAGGAAGCUGCUGAUGCAAUGGCCACCCAGAUACGUACCCUCAUCCGCAAUUCUGUCGGCGAUAGUGCAUACGGUCGUGCGCUCGAGGCGCUGCGCGUGAUGAGGGACGAGCUCACGGAGCUCGAGGAACCAGAGAUAUGGAAUGUAUUCGCGAGAGAGCUGAAGGGGGAGUUACUUGGAGGAAAGUUGGGCGGUGAUAGGAGGGAGAUGUGGUGGAAGGUGAGGGGCAGCAAGUAUGGGCUGAUUGAUCGGAAGAGGUGCUUCGCGAGUGAUGUUACUGAGGAGGAGGCCGCACAGUUCUACAAGUAA